CUCCACAUUAAGGUACUACGACACAAUCUCUCUUCUAUCAUCACAACAAGGGAUAAGGAAUCUAUUUUUUUUUGACACUUCGAGUUUAUUCGUUAGUAUAUAUCUCUCCACUGUUAUAUUUGAUCAAUUGCUCGUAUGAGUGAGAUUGUGUGUGGUGGUUCCGGACCGACGUUUCACACAUCGGUGGUGAUCUCGGAGUCUGUGAACGACACUUCAGUGGAUGGUGGGAUAUCUGCAGUAGCUGCUUACCGGGGCAAUGUAUAUCUAGGAACAAUAUCCGGAACACUUCGACAUUACCAUCUUUUUGACGAUGCCGAGGAAUACAUGUUGAUUUCAGAAGUUAGUGUGAGUGGUAGUGGUGGACAUAAUAAUUCCAAUAGGGUUAAAAAGAUCCUCAUUCUUGAAUCCAUUGAGCGAGCAUUGGUGGUUUGUGGGAACGUUGCCACUGUCUAUACACUUCCCGAGUUCACUCCAUGCAGCGUGGGGAAGUUGCGAGAUGUCAAUGAUGUGGUGUUGGGGAGUGUGGUUGGGGAUCUGGUGACACAAGUAAUUGCAUUCACUCUGACUAAAAUACGACUAAUUCUGGUAGCAAAAGAUCUGUUGAAACUUGUUAUGGACGUGAAUUAUUCCCAUGGGAUCACUGGUGUUGCCAUGAAACCAAGUAUCGAGACUACGGCCAUGACGCUUGUGGCCAACGAAAGCAAUUACGAUAUUGUAGAUUUGAAGCAAGUUCGCAAGAUUCCAUUAUUCGAGUACAACUCAGGAGAGAAAGUGAACCCGCAUAUUGUUCCAUUUAGUAGUUCAGAUGAGAAGGAGAAUACAAACAACAAGAAAAGGCAAAUGGGGGUCGAUGAAGAGUAUAUGCUUUCCAUCCGGUCUGAUGAAAAGUCUUCGAUUGCUAUGUUCAUUGAUCUAAAGGGCGAUGUGACACGCGGGACGUUGUCGUGGAUGGAUGAAGGAUAUCCUGAGAGCUUGGCAGUAGAAUGGCCAUAUGCCUUUGGAGUAUUUCUGAAUGGUGAGGGAGGAACUAAGCUCGUCAUUAGUGAUUUGGAGCAAUUAGUAGUUGUAUAUUCCAACACGAUAACGGGCUUGAAUGAAUCAUCAGACUUAAUAGAAGAUGGCCAAAGAAGUCCAACUGAUAUAAUGGAAGAGGAAAAGGAACCUUCAAAGCAAAAUGAAUCGGAUGACAAGACGGAGGACAAAGAUGAUUCGGAUAAGGUUAUUGAAUCAAAACUGAUCACUUCUACAGAUUCAAAGAACAUAUCUCUUAAAGUUGAAGAUAGUCAAUCAACCUCUUUGACCCUGGCGACACCGAAUCAUUCAAUUCCCUCACAGCUUAACGCCAGCUCAACUACUGUUACCAAGGCCAACUCUGAAAUAUCCGUCACUAACAAAGAGCUUACAAUUGCCCUUAGUCAAGUUGAUCAAACGGGGAAUUCCAUGGGGGACACUUCACCGAUAACCAUGUCCAGCUCGUUAAUUCUCCAUGACGAUUCAAAAGUAUGGAUAAUUCAUCGCAAAGACCCUCUCCUUGAAGCAUUUAAAUUAUUUUCAUCGCUUGUGGACUCUACAUCAUUCUCCAAUGAUCUCCCCGCUUUGAUCCUCAAAUUACGCUCCCUUGACAGUUUGACAACUGACAACUCUACAAGGCAAUUUCUGGCACAAUUACAACUUCUUGUUGCAUUAAAAGCUAAUGAUUUGGAAACCGCUAAGGAUAUUUUAUUCACUACAAAUGAUCUAACCACACCCGAUAAGCCCAAACCAAAGAUAGAUACUUUUCAGAAAUCUUCCACUUCUGAACUUCUCAUUCACCCCAAAUUACUCAUGUAUUUAUACUCUGACUCAAGACACAAAUCUACAAUGUCAAUUACCUUUUAUAAAGGUAUCUUCGACCUAUGUGGUAGGUUGGACAACUUGCCACCUUUGAAUGCUUUUUAUUUAUCAUAUCUUGAUGAUGUAUAUCGACAAUUCCCCAUUUACCGCCAAGAGGAUUCACACGAAACUCUAUCACUUCUACGAAUGUCAUUAUAUGAGGGAAAGUACACCACUAGUAACACAAUCAUUUCAUUCAUUAACGAGGUUGACGUCACUCAAUGGGGGAUAUUGGAUCAAGAGUCGUGCAAUAAGAGGAUAAGGUCUCUUUUUUCUACCCGUGGGAACCAUCUAGCUUUAAUCCAUGUAUAUCAACUAUCUAUACCUACAUUAAAACCUGCCGCAAAGGCAGUUAUUGCCGAAGAGAUAUGCCGGUUAGUUCUCCAAUUGGCACUGGGAGAAUUGAAAAAUGACAGCCCAGAUGACCAAGACCUCCCUGGACUCCUUCUCAAACAACUUCCAAACCUUUAUAACGAGAAAGUAUAUGCCAAAUAUCUUUUAGAACUUCUUAAACUCAGUCCUGAGCGUGGUUUCCAUUAUAUGAAAACCCUUUCCAAACCACGUUUCAAGGCAACCCAUAAACACAUUAUGCUAGAAAUGAAAUCUUUUGCCAACACACCUGAAAUCCUGAAGCUCCAAAUAGAUUAUUUGGAAUCUACAGUAGGGGAAAGCCCACUUGACUUGGGUUCUUUAGAAGAUCUCCUAAUCAAUUUAACCCACAUGAUUUUUGAUCAUCAUUGGGACGAGUCGAAUAUCAAUAACUUUAAUGUCUUAAGACAGACGUAUAGCCUUGAGAAUAAUCUCGAUUCCUCAUAUUGGCCCAAAAUCAGCUGGAUAGAUUAUCUCAGAGUCAAUAUGGAACGUAGUGAAUGCAGGGAAUUUGCAAUAAUUUAUCUUAAGAUUUAUGAGCUUCUACUUUAUGUUGGACAACUGACAAGGUUUGAUACUCUCCUUAAGGAUUCGUCAAAAUCAAUGGGAGACGUUGAAGAAUUGCUCAGCUUUUAUAAAGUCAUGUCGUUAGAGAGUUCCGAGUCAGUCAAGUCAUUACUUGCAAUGGGAGACUUUUCUACCGCCGAGCAGGUUGCGGUAAAUUCUCAAUUGCCCUACCCACUCCAACCUUAUUAUUUCCAGAAGGAUAUUAGACCACUGAAUCUUUCAUUCCCUAGUGGUGAAACGUCCAAGAAUAACCUUUUGCAAGUUUUUCAAUAUUACGAUUGUCAUGUUGCUGCCAUUCGCCAUUUUCUCAACGACCAUGGCCACCAAUUUUCACCUUUAGAGAUGUUUAAUAUGCUCCCUUCCAAGAUACCGGUCACUUACCUUGAGGAUUACAUUCAAAAGACGCUCAUAGAGCUUAAUACACUUCACCGUGACGCUUUACUUACAAAAGUAUUGAGUAGAACCAAUGCAAAAUUUAAUCGAGAAGUGGUUAGGCUGGCGAAUGAAGAUGAUAAGUCGUUAGAAAAUCAGUUAGAGUAGAGAGUUUAGCAAUAUAGGAAGAAGAUAUCCUACGAACCAGGAUAUAAAAAACAUCUUUAUUACAUCCACUUACAAAAUUGCACGUUGAUGUAACAGAAAUAUAAAAAUUUCAAAAGUAAAAAAGCCACUCAUAAACUAAAUGUGUAACACACAAACAAAAACACUACCUACGAGCCAUAUACCCACAACAUCUACUUCUGUGGUGCAUAAAAUGAAC